AUGGAGAAUCAGCCUCCAAAUGGCAAAAGGGCAAUGGAAGAAGAACUAAUCAGAGGUCGUGACAUGGCAAAUCAGUUACUUGAAGUACUUGCUCAUAAAUCGUAUGGUCAACGUGGAGAUAUUGAAGGGUCAAAGUCAGUGUUAGAUUUUGCUGAAGAUCUUGUGUGCAAGAUCUUGUGUUCAUUCACGAAUACCCUUUUGCUCUUGAGCUCCCAUGAUGAUGUCUCCGAUGAUGUCGUAGCUUCUAUCACUCUCAGAGAUGUUUCUUUGUCCACCAGUUCCCUAAAGCUGGAGAAUAUGGUUGAAACUUGCAAGAUUCGCAAGACUCUCAAUCCUAAAAAUAGAAGAGGGUGCUACAAGAGGAAAUCAAUUGCGCCAACAUGGGAGAGGGACAGCUCAAUACAGAUCGAAGAUGGCUAUGGUUGGAGAAAGUAUGGACAAAAAAGGACAUUGAAUGCCAAAUAUCUCAGGAGCUACUACAGGUGCACUCACAAGUACGAUCAAGGAUGCGAAGCAAUCAAACAGGUCCAGAAAAUUCAAGAUGACCCUUCACUCUAUCGAACAACAUAUUUUGGUCAUCACACGUGCAAAAGCUCUUUAAAUUCUGAGAUAAUUUUGGAACCUGUUUCUCCUUCUAGCUCUUCCAUAUUACUUAGCUUUAAUAAUAGCAUUCAAAGCAAACAUGAACAUUUGUUUUCAUCAUCGUUACUUGCAUCAACAAAACAUGAGCCCAUGGAAGUGAUUCAGGAAGACCAUAUUGCUCAGAAUCAAUUGUCCUCGUCAGAAGACCUCCUAUCAUGUGAUUAUGAUAUUUGUUUUGAAUAUUUGAGGCAUGUUAUGCUGUCAUCAACUGAAUCUGUUGAACUUAGCAAUGCUUAUGAGAAAAUUGAAUUUUGA